AUGAAGCUUGUUGGAUGGCUCGUUGCGCUGGUCGCAUCGCCGCUAUGUACAGCUUCCAUCUUGCCCCAGGAGCCAUUCGAUACCGAUGUUGAGAUUGCUUCUAGCAAGAAGUUGACAUCCGAGACUGAGCUUCUCGAGUUCCACAAAACGCUUGUACGGAUUGAGUCGAUUUCGGGGAAUGAGAAGGAAGUAGGCGAAUGGCUCGCCUUUAGCUUGAAGCUGCAAGGCUACACGGUAGAAAAGCAGCAUAUCUCGAAAGAGCCGGAACGAUUCAAUGUCCUUGCAUGGCCAGGAAAGACGAGGGAUGCUGAGAUCCUAGUCAGCAGUCACAUUGAUACGGUCCCUCCCUUCCUUCCAUACUACUACAACAAGACUGACGACACCAUCUUCGGCCGUGGCUCCGUUGACGCCAAAGGAAGCGUCGCCACCCAGGUCAUUGCUGUCAACCGCCUCAUCGAAUCUGGCCAGCUUAGCCCUGAUGAUGUUGCACUUCUCUUUGUGGUAGGCGAAGAAGUCGGUGGAGCGGGCAUGCGUGCCGCCAACGAUCUCGACCUGCACCCAAAGACCGUCAUCUUUGGCGAGCCCACGGAAGGAAAGCUCGUAUCUGGCCACAAGGGCACCAUGCAAAUCACCUUCACAGCCAAAGGCAAAGCCGGUCACAGUGGAUACCCAUGGUUAGGACGAAGCGCCAACGAAGUACUGGUCAGAGCUCUGGAACCCAUCAUCUCCCUCGGCGACCGCCUGCCGAAGAGCAAGAAGUACGGCAGCACAACCUUCAACCUCGGACGCAUUGAAGGCGGCGUGGCUGGAAACGUCAUUGCCGAAUCGGCAAAGGCCGAAAUAACUGUUCGCAUUGCAGCAGGUACGCCGAAGGCCAUUGAAGACGGCGUGACGAAAGCUGUUCAUCACGCCGUACGGGACUUCCUGGAAGACGAUCUGAAGCCGGAAGACAUCAUUGAUAUUGACUUCAGCGGCAAAGGCUACGGUCCUAUUGACAUUGAUGCCGAUGUUCCCGGCUUCGAGAUCAUCACAGUCAACUACGGUACCGACAUCCCAUGGCUUGAAAAAGCCGUCAAAGACCAGAAGCGAUACCUCUAUGGCCCCGGUACCAUCUUCGUAGCGCAUAGCGCGGACGAGAAACUUAAAGUUGACGACCUAUACGACGCCGUGGAAGGAUAUCAGAAAAUCUUGCUCCAUGCUUUGAGAAGUUCGGAGAACGAGGAGCACAAAUCCGAUCUGUGA